AUGAAUUCUGGUGCUUAUGACCAGGCAAAAGAUACCUUUGAAGUUCCACUAAACCUCAACUUUCGCCUCACUGGUCAAAACACAGUGGGUUUCCCAAAGUCUGCUAACAUCGCCUUUGAACCAAAAACCUCCAGCGCCUCUGGAGCCAAACAGAAGAUAUUUUGCUACGCCUACAGAUUCCUUGAGGUGGCAUUUGCUGCCAUUGGGCAUGCACACCAAGAUGAGCAUGGGGACAGAGAGCUGCAGGUGUUACCUCAGCUCUCAACCCUGAACUUGCCACCCACGGGCUCACUGCAGCAAGUGGCAUUUGCUGCCAUUGGGCAUGCACACCAAGAUGAGCAUGGGGACAGAGAGCUGCAGGUGUUACCUCAGCUCUCAACCCUGAACUUGCCACCCACGGGCUCACUGCAGCAAGUUGGCAGUUGCAGGACACCACAGCAGCCCUCUCACUUGGGGGCAUGUUCUGGCACAGGCUCCUCUGGGAUGCUGGGGGCUCCCUGGCCAGCAAGGUCUUCAGCCCAGAGACAGGUCUUGGAAGAUGCUAUGGAGACCCCUGUGAUGGUCUCAGGCAGCUCUCUGCUGGGGGCACAAACAAACCUCUGGGAAUGUUCUGGUGUACUCCCAUACUGCGAGGAAGACAGGCCAGUGUUGACCUCAGUAGAUGGAAAGAGUAUGUGCGAUGGCCACCUGCCAAGUGUUCUGGACGUCCAGAAACAUGACCAAAAAAAGGCAGGUCAGCCCCGAAGCCUGUCUCCGGCAGAGGCAGCAGAACAAGGGAGCGCAGCCCGCGGGCAGAGCGCUCUGCCCGUGUACAGAAAAGGACGAAUAUGCGCCUGUGACACCCGAGGGUGGGUGACACUCGGGGGAGCGGAGUGUUCUGUAUGUAUUUGUCUUACAAACGUGUUUUAUUUUCUGCAGUCCUAUUUUGUUACGGAUUAUGAUCCAACGAUUGAAGAUUCCUACACCAAGCAAUGUGUGAUAGAUGAAAGAGCUGCACGCUUGGACAUUCUGGAUACAGCAGGACAAGAAGAAUUUGGAGCUAUGCGUGAGCAGUACAUGAGGACAGGGGAGGGUUUUCUGCUUGUUUUCUCAGUCACGGAUAGAGGAAGUUUUGAAGAAAUCUAUAAGUUUCAGCGACAAAUUCUUAGAGUGAAAGAUCGCGAUGAGUUUCCGAUGAUUCUAGUUGGUAAUAAAGCAGAUCUGGACCACCAAAGACAGGUGACGCAAGAGGAAGGACAGCAGCUAGCACGGCAGCUUAAAGUAACAUACAUGGAAGCCUCUGCAAAAAUCAGGUUGAAUGUAGACCAAGCCUUUCAUGAACUUGUCAGAGUUAUAAGGAAAUUUCAAGAACAAGAGUGCCCUCCUUCACCAGAGCCAACACGGAAAGAAAAAGACAAGAAGGGCUGCCAUUGUGUUAUUUUCUGAGAAGCCCAAGAGCCAAGCUAUCAACUGCCAGAUUUUUUUAAUCUUUCCAUCAUUUUACAUCACUUCUGGUAUUGUUCUAGCCUUAUAUGUGCAUGUCCUAAAAGUGGUCACCAGAAUAGCCUUAGUCCAAGAAGCUGGCAGAAUAGUUCUUGAAGAAGACUCAGUCAUUCUGGGGCAGACUUCAAAACAAAACACUAAGGCUGCUUCUUUAAUACCACAGUUCCUUCCUUCUCUCCCUUAAGAGCUUGCACCUUGUGGAGUUUUAUUCGCAAAGGAGAUGAAACAAAGCUGUGUAGGACAAGGUGUUGAAGUCAUGCAUAAGUUGUCUCUUGUGAAUUAAUUUAUUUUUACUUCUGAUAUUCUUAGCUAUUAUGAAGACCUAUACUGAAGUAUAGAGAACACUUUCAAAAGAAGGGGUGGAUUGGCUUUUUUUGCCCUCAGUUAAAUUAGACUUGAGUAUUUAGCUAGCCUUAAAAAACCUACACUGAAUUUCAUUGUCAGCAGAAAUUUUCAUCUCUCAUUUAUGCUGCAGUUUUGUUUCAGUGGCCAAAACAGUCUACUGUAUUUAUUUUAUGAAUCCAGAACAGCUAUGGGAUGAUUACUACUACUAUUAGGAUAUGGCCAAAUACCUGAGCUCAUUCUGGAUUUGAGGCAUUUUAGCUUAUUAAGGAAUUUCACAUCACGUGUUUGAAAAGAAAUUGUGUCUUCCUUUGUAUUUCUGGGUAAGGGAUUAAGGAAAACUAAAAUUGUAGCUGUUUUUGUUUCAUGUGAUAUAAAAAUGAAUUUGAUCUUUCCAUUGUCAGAGAUGAUUAAAUGUUUUUGCUAUAUACUUUUAUACAUUAUUUUCUUAUCAAACUAGUUAACAAGUAUUUUUAUAUGUUUGUAAGCAAAUAUGCUUUCACAGCAUAACUUGUGUAUAUGUAAAGAUGAGUAUUUAAUUCUCACAGUUCACUUUUAACUGACAAAAUGUGGGAUUUGCCAAAAUGUGGUCAACUUCUCCUUACUCUUUGAGUUAUACCCAAGAAUGGCCAAUUAUGUGCCUGCCCAACACGCCCAUAAAGUAAAAUCUAGUGUUGUUUUUAAUGAAUUUCAGUAUCCCUUACUAAGGACUGACCAUUAUGUGAAUUAUUAAACUUGUAAGACUUUUAACUGAUUGUUUAGUUAAACUGUGGAUGGUUGUUUAACUUUGAGUUCUGUGGAUUGUGUUUAAACAAUUCAAGAGUAUAUUCCCUGAUACUGAAAUACUGAGUGGUAUUGCACAGUUGUCACCUUACUGAAUGUGUCCAACAGUUCUUUGAAACUUGAUUAUUAAGCAAACCCUUGUAUAACUUCAGGUGCUAGAAUUAAAGAUGAUCUAACC